AUGUCGAUUGCAUCAGACGGGGGAACAAAGAUGGUUUCGAGUUCUGAUUAUCAGUGGUCUCAGUCUUCAAACCUUCUCCACCUGAAGUUCCGUAUUCUUUUCAUCCCUUCAACUUCAGCUGGUGUAUUGUGUUCUGUAGUGGUGAGUCUGGUUUACCCAAUAACAGCCCAGGAUUGGGGAAGAUGCGGACAGCAUGCAUCCUGGUUCGUGGCUGUAACCUUCACAGCCUGA